AACAAAGCGGACGUGACGUAGUACGAGACCUCCGGAAUAAAAUGGUCGGGGUUAAUAUACCACAUCAGUAUUUAGAUUGUAACCAAAAAAAAGCUUCUUUUUUUUUAUGUGUAUAUAUAUAUAUAAAGUGAGGACUUGUAUCUGAAUUGAGUUUCUGUGUAUUCCUACCACGAUACAAAUUAGGCAAGUAUCACGGGGAAAUCAUUGUUGGCCAUCUACAUUCAAGUGUGUGGCUCCCUGGUACACAUGUUAGCUAGCUGGCUAACCACAACUUUGGGACCAGACGAUUCGUAAUCAACCAUUUAAAGUGGUUAAGUGGUCGCCGAGGAGUUCCGAGCAACCUCAAAAUCCGUGAGUUUUCUUAUUGGCGUAGUUGCAGUUUGCCUUUAUGUCAGACGAAGAACAGACGACCAUGCAAAGUUAGCGAGGUGUCGCUAGCUAGCCCCGCUCAUUUCUCUUGGCCGAUGGUUCCUGUUUGAAGUGCUUAUCCACCAGCCACCUAACAUUGGCAUAAUGAAGGCGAAGAAAGUUACAAAUUCAAAGAGCAGCGCCACAUCUCAGAAGUGGAAGGAUGUGAGGGGUAAACGGUGCAGGCCUCCCAUUAGUUCCUCUAACCUCAACUCCACUCCUGUCAUGGUUGGGGUGAUCAAGGACCAUAAGGAGGCCAUGAAGAAGAAGCCAGCUGUCAAGAGACUAAAGAACAAGCCAAAGCCAGUGUCUGGGAAAAGUGCUUCUAAGACAAAGUCUUUCACAAAUGGCAACAUGGGCCUGGAUUCUGAUGAGUUUCAGGACUCGGAGGAGUACUCCCGGUCGGUCCAAGUGAAUGGGCUUGAAACGCAAGGUGCCACAGAUGAUAAGCAUCCAUGUCGACUGGAUGGGAAGUCUCUCCAUCAGUGCGCAGAGAGGGAUGACCAGAGGAAGCAUGCAGUACUUGUCAUGCAAAAAGGACAGACCCUGUGUUUCCGCGGGAAGUGUUUUUUGACUUGCUUGUACGGGCGCGUGGAAGUGAUGGGCUUCACCAUCGAAGAGGGUCAGCAGUCAUAUCCGCUCUUCUCUCCCGCCUCACAUUGUCCGCUGACCAUCACAGCCACGGAGGGUUGCGAUGACAGCAGAGACUACAAAAGCGCGGCAGCAGAGAUCCUGUGCAAUUACCUUCCAGCAGCGUCACAGAAGAAGCUGCUUAAAAAGGUUGUCAGCAACUCCUCAAUAAUCCUGCUGGAGCCCAUGGAGAUUCCGCUGACACGCUUCCUAUCGAGCUUCAGCAAUCUCAGUACCCUGUUUGACCCCACUAUGGGGGAACUGCUGUCUGCCGUACCAGACACGCCCCUUAAUGGUCUAGGGAUGAUUCCUCUGGUCGGCAGUAUCGAGGGCCUGAAGGUGUCGCCCAGCUGCCGGGCAUCCCUGGAUGCGGUGGUCAGUGCCUGCAGAGGGGACAUGGACGGUUGUGCAGUCGUCCUCGUUUACGGAGCCAAAAAUGUCGGCAAGUCCACGUACAUCCGCAUGGUGAUCAAUACGCUACUAAAUCAUACAACUAGUGUGGACUAUUUGGAAGCGGACCUCGGUCAAACGGAGUUCACCCCGGCUAGCUGCUUGUCUUUGUUGACUGUCAGAGAACCUCUGCUGGGCCCCCCCUUCACACAUCAGCGCGACCCAGACCACAUGGUCUACUACGGCGAGUCGUCUUGCCAGUCUGACUUAAGCCGCUACCUGGAAAGCCUCAAGUCCUUGUGGCACAGACGCUCUUCAAGCAGGGAGACACCCAUUGUCAUCAAUACCAUGGGCUGGGUUAAAGGUUUUGGACUGCAGCUGCUAGUAGACAUGCUCCGCUUCUUCCCGGUCUCACAUGUCAUCCAACUGGCUCACGCCGACAGCACCGCUCAAUGCCCCGCCCUCACCCCCGAGUUUCUUAGGACGGCCCACGGCUUCCAAACGCACCCACCCGCUCAAACUGCGCUGGACGAGUUCACCGAGAACACACAAAGCCCACCCCUCACCUACGUUCACAUGACUAUUUAUUCCGACUUCGAACGCGGCGGCUGUCAAGGGACGACGACGAAACACCAACGCAGCAAUGAGCUGCGAGAGCUGUCAGUGCUGGCCUAUCUUAGUCAGCUGCAGUCGGCUGAUCCGGGACCUGUUCGACCUCUUCACUCUCUCACGCCCUACCAGGUGCCCCACACAGAUGUGGCUUUGGGUGUGGUCCAUUUCGACGUGGCUCCCAGUGACAUGUUCUAUGCCGCCAACUCCAGCCUGGUGGGACUCUGUUGCCUGGCAGAGAAGGUGACCAGCAAAGGAGGUCCGGUUUUGCUGUCCCGAGCUCCCAUCUGCCCCUGUGUGGGCCUGGGCGUGCUGCGAGGGAUUGACAUGGCGCGAGGACUCUACUUUGUACUGACGCCUGUAAAUCCUGCCGUUCUGCGCAAGGUCAAUUGUCUCCUUCUCGGGGCCACGUCGUUGCCCUCCUGCAUCUUGACGACGCAGGGUGGUUUCCAGGGAGAGCUGCCUUACGUCACGUCAGAGUACAGCUUUGACCUGACGGGCGCUGGAAAGAUGCGAGUCUUCAAAGGCCUGCAGAGACCAAGUCAGAUGCACUGAUGUUGCGACAAGUGCUUUGUCCCCCCCCAAACAUCAAGUCUGACAUGGACUCUUCAGGAGAGAAAUCUCUCAGAACACAUUUGUUUUGUACCACUGCCAUUUCAAAACUGCAUUUGAAUUCUGGUGUCAUAUUAAAAGCAGAAAAGAAUGUUCA